GCAAUCACCUAAAGAUUGAAUUUCCAACACGUGUUCCGGCUCUCAGCACGACCUUUACCCUUGGUUUGAGCAACCAAUACCUCCCUUUUGUUUGUCCGAAGCCCCAUGCCCGAGGAUGCUCCGGUCCCUACAUCCCAAAUUGCGUCCACUAGCAGAACCGCUGCUGAAUGCACGCGAUUUGUAUGAACUUAAAACUGCCAGACCUUCUACUUAUAAAAACCGAUCGGAAGGAGAAUGUACGCGAUUUGAUGUGGGAGUGAAGUGCGUCGGAGAAGUGCGGUUUCAAUGUACUGUCAUAUUCGAUCUGGGUGACUUGGAAUUUCCACCCGACCUUGUCUGCGAAGACUUCCCGCUCAAGUAUGGCGAUAUUAGACCUCUCAUCGAAUGGCGAUCUGGCGAUAGAAACGCUCUAUGGAAGACCUUUGAUGAAAUCGGAAAAUUGUAUCAGCACUACCAAAGACAGAGAAUCACGGAGCUAGGAAUUGAAAGGAUACAGUUUGACUUGAGUAGCUUUGACCAUCAGAAAGACCUUCAGUGCUUCAUGACAGCCCCUGAGUGGAUGUCAACCGACGCAACCAUAUAUAUAUACAUGCCCGUACGCGUUGAUGACAAGGAUGAAUCAAAUCUUCUGCUUUUGGAUAUCAACGAGAGCUCUGUUCUCGUAGCACGGCUGACUGUGAUGUUCCAUGUGUAUGAAGGAGAGGUGAAGCAAAUCGAAAAGCAGAUACAGCUUCCCCCGCAGUGGAAAGAUAUAUACGUCCCGAAGAUACCUGAUUAUCCUCUCGAUGCGACGUUGUUCGAUUAUAUGCUUGAGGUGCAAAAGUACUUGGCAACUGUGCAUUCCAACGUCAUUCAGCGGAUCGACAGGAGACGGGAGUUUGUGGAGACCAUCGUAGCUACCUUCAGAAGUCAUAUACUUGAAUAUGACUCGAGAGAGUGGUUUUAUGCGUCUUUUUACUUUGAAAUUCCACCACCACAGACAUCGCCAUCGGAUUUGUCACCUGUGGAUCGCAAAAACAACUCUAGGGCUGUAGCAAAUGUUCAUCUGUCCCAGGAUUAUCCGGACAUUCCACCAGAGGUUUUCCUCCAGUCAGCGUCAAUGUUUGCAGAUGCAGACUCGUAUAUACCGGCAACUGUGCGCUUGAACGUCGACUUUGGACUGGUUGGGAUGUGGGGGUCGGAAAGGGUCUCGUGCGAGGAAGCAGUUGAACGAUUUCGUAAUGCGUUACUGGAGCAGAUACCCACUGCAUUCGCAUGCAUCCCAUGAGAACACGGUUCGCUUCAACGCGAGGGAAAAAUCCGUCGUUCGACUGGAAAUUCCUUUAAAGUUUCAACUACUUCAGACCUUUGAAAUAAAAUAAAUAACUGUUUAUUUUUGUCUGAA